CUCUCCCAGGUCCCAGGAAAAGGUGACAGGAAUGGGGAGGGCAAAGGGCAGCGGGAGAAGCUGGAGCUGGUGGCCUCGUUCUCGUUUUUUGGGAAUGUCAUGUCCAUGGCCAGCGUGCAGCUGGCUGGGGCCAAGAGGGACGCGCUGCUGCUCAGCUUCAAGGAUGCCAAGCUCUCCGUGGUGGAGUACGACCCUGGCACCCACGACCUCAAGACUUUGUCCCUGCACUACUUCGAGGAACCGGAGCUGCGGGAUGGCUUCGUGCAGAACGUGCACACGCCGCGCGUGCGCGUGGACCCCGACGGGCGCUGCGCGGUGAUGCUGAUCUACGGCACGCGCCUGGUGGUGCUGCCCUUCCGCCGCGACUCGCUGGCCGACGAGCACGAGGGACUGGUGGGAGAGGGGUGAGAGACCCCCCCGGACCCCCCCCGGGCCCCCCCAAACCGGGAAUUUGGGACAAGGGUUUUGGGGUCUCAGGAGGGAUCCCAGCCCAUUCAGUUCCCCUAUGACUACUAUGAGCCCACCCUGCUGAUCCUCUUGGCGCCCAACCAGACCUGGCCCGGGCGGGUGGCAGUGCGACAGGACACCUGCAGCAUCGUGGCCAUCUCGCUGAACAUCCUGCAGCGCGUGCACCCGGUCAUCUGGUCCCUGAGCUCGCUGCCCUUCGACUGCACCCAGGCCCUGCCCGUGCCCAAACCCAUCGUGUCCCCGUCGCUGUCCCCAGGGGUCCAGGAGGGCGUGAGGAUGACUCUGGACUGUGCCCAGGCCACCUUCAUCUCCUAUGACAAGAUGGUCAUCUCGCUCAAGGGUGGGGAGAUCUACGUGCUGACGCUGAUCACGGACGGGAUGCGCUCCGUGCGCUCCUUCCACUUCGACAAAGCAGCCGCCUCCGUCCUCACCACCUGUAUGGUCCCUCUGGAGCCCGGCUAUCUGUUCCUGGGGUCCCGCCUGGGGAACUCCCUCCUGCUCAGGUACACGGAGAAGCUGCAGGAGCCCCCGGCCGGGGCGGGCAAGGAGGGGCCUGACAGACAGGUGAGGUGUCCUGCAGGGGGGAAGCCGCAGGCGCAGGACGAGGUGGACGAGAUCGAGGUGUACGGCAGCGAGGCGGCCUCGGGGACACAGCUGGCCACCUACUCCUUCGAGGUGUGUGACAGCAUCCUCAACAUCGGGCCCUGCGCCAACGCCGCCAUGGGGGAGCCGGCCUUCCUGUCCGAGGAGCGCAGCAUCCGGCCGCAGGUUGUCACCACCUUCGAGCUGCCCGGCUGUUACGACAUGUGGACGGUCACCGCGCCCCCCCCGCGGGAACAGAUCCUGCAGACGGGCCAGGAGAUCCUGGAGCUGGACACGAGCGGCUUCGCCACGCAGGGCCCGACCGUGUUCGCCGGGAACCUGGGCCAGGGCCAGUUCAUCGUGCAGGUGUCCCCGCUGGGGCUGCGGCUGCUGCAGGGCGUGACCCAGCUGCACUUUGUCCCCGUGGACCUGGGCUCCCCCAUCGUGCACUGCGCCGUGGCCGAUCCCUUCGGGGUCCUGCUCAGCGCCGAGGGCCAGCUGGCCACCUUCACCCUCAAGGGGGACACCUACGGUGGCCGUGCCCCGUGCCUGGCCCUGCAGCGGCCCCCCGUGUCACACCCCUCUCGGGUGACGGCACUCUGUCUGUACCGGGACCUUUCCGGAAUGUUCACCACCGAGAGCCGCGCCCCCCGUGAGGAGCCCCCGCCCCGCCCCCACGCCGAGGCCGAGACCCUCAUCCAGGACCUCAGUGGCUCAGUUGAUGAUGAGGAGGAGAUGCUCUACGGGGACUCGGGGGGCUCGGGCCGCUCCCCGCCCCGGGAGGAGCCGCGGCGAGCGGGACCCCCUGAGAGAGAGGCGGCGCCCCAGAGCCCCGAGCCCUCGCACUGGUGUGUGCUGGCCCGGGAGAACGGCAACAUGGAGAUCUACCAGGUCCCCGAGUGGCGCCUGGUGUUCCUGGUGAAGAACUUCCCGGUGGGGCAGCGGGUGCUGGUGGAUUCCUCCUUCGGGCAGCCCGCGGCCGAGCCCCGCAAGGACGAGAGGGGCGAGAGGGAACUGCCGCACGUCCGGGAGCUGCUGCUGCGGGGGCUGGGCCGGGGCCAGCGCCGCCCCUUCCUGCUGGUGCACGUGGAGCAGGAGCUGCUCCUGUACGAGGUGCACGUGGAGCAGGAGCUGCUCCUGUACAAGAGGGAUCCUGAGUCUGGGGGGUGGGACCCCAAAACCCACCAAGGACCCCAAACCUGCCCCUUCCACGACAUCUACGGCUACUCGGGGGUGUUCAUCUGCGGCCCCUCCCCGCACUGGGUGCUGCUGACGGGCCGGGGGGCGCUGCGGCUGCACCCCAUGGGCAUCGACGGCCCCGUGGAGUCCUUCGCACCUUUCCACAACGUCAACUGCCCCAAGGGCUUCCUGUACUUCAACCGCCAGGGUGAGCUCAGGAUCAGUGUCCUACCUGCGUACCUGUCCUACGACGCGCCCUGGCCCGUCAGGAAGAUCCCCCUGCGCUGCACCGCCCACUACGUCGCCUACCACGUGGAGUCCAAGGUGUACGCGGUGGCCACCAGCUCCCCCCACCCCUGCACGCGCAUCCCGCGCAUGACGGGAGAGGAGAAGGAGUUCGAGAGCAUCGAGAGAGACGAGCGCUACGUGCCCCCCCAGCAGGAGGCCUUCAGCAUCCAGCUCAUCUCACCUGUCAGCUGGGAGGCCAUCCCCAACACCAGGAUCGCGCUGGAGGAGUGGGAGCACGUCACCUGCAUGAAGAUCGCGCUGGAGGAGUGGGAGCACAUCCUGAUCCUGGACGUGAUCGAGGUGGUGCCCAGGUGUCUGAGGUCACACCUGCUCCUCCUGUGGAGCCUGAAGGACAACAGGAUGGUGGUGGUGGCCACUCAGCAUCCGUUGGGGUCUUGGGCGACACCUGAGGGACACUGGGGGCUCUUGGAGGACUCUCCAGGAGUCUCUUGGAGGACCCUCAGCGGUCUCCAGAGCAGCCCGAGGGUCUGGGGGACACUCGGGGGUCACCUGGGGGUCUCAGGGGGGUGCCCAGGUGCCACCCCCGGCACCGGGGCGGUGACGGUGACAGCGGUGUCCCCGCAGGACGCCAAGCCGCUGGAGGUCUACAGCGUGGACUUCAUGGUGGACGGCACCCAGCUGGGAUUCCUGGUGUCGGACCGCGACCGGAACCUGCUGGUGUACAUGUACCUGCCGGAAGCCAAGGAGUCCUUCGGGGGGCUGCGGCUGCUGCGCCGCGCCGACUUCCACGUGGGGGCGCACGUGAACACGUUCUGGCGCACGCCGUGCCGCGGGCACGCCGAGGGGCCCAACCGGCGCAGCAGCACCUGGGAGAACAAGCACAUCACCUGGUUCGCGACGCUGGACGGGGGCCUGGGGCUGCUGCUGCCCAUGCAGGAGAAAACCUACAGGAGAUUGCUGAUGCUGCAGAACGCGCUGAGCUCCGCCCUGCCGCACCUGGCGGGGCUCAACCCGCGGGCCUUCAGGCUGCUGCAGUCGGAGCGGCGCCUGCUGCAGAACGCCGUGCGCAACGUGCUGGACGGGGAACUGCUGGGCAGGUUCCUGUACCUGAGCGCCAUGGAGCGCGGCGAGCUGGCCAAGAAGAUCGGCACCACACCUGACAUCAUCCUGGACGACCUCCUGGAGAUCGACCGCGUCACCGCCCACUUCUGAGGGACCCAAAAUCCCCCAAAUUCCCCCCAAAAUUAAAAAAGAACAAAAAAAAAAUUCCCUAAAAAACCCCCAAAA